CUGGUCAGCAGUCAAACGCUUUGCUCUGCAAUGUUUGUUGAAGAGCUGAUUAUCGAAGGCUUCAAGUCCUAUGUGUCGCGGACACAGAUCACUGGCUGGGACCCAGAGUUCAAUGCCAUCACUGGUUUGAACGGCUCGGGCAAAUCAAACAUUCUGGAUGCCAUUUGCUUUGUUCUCGGUAUUACCAACCUUUCUCAGGUCAGAGCCAGCAAUUUACAAGAUCUCAUAUAUAAAAGAGGACAAGCCGGUAUCACCAAGGCUUCAGUCACUAUCGUGUUCAACAAUGACGAUCGCUCCAAAUCGCCUGUUGGCUUCGAAGCUUAUCGUCAAAUCACCGUCACCAGACAGAUAUUGAUGGGCGGUAGAACAAAGUAUAUAGUCAACGGUCAUAAUGCACAGCAACAAACUGUUCAGAACCUUUUUCAGUCCGUCCAACUUAAUAUCAACAAUCCACAUUUUUUGAUUAUGCAAGGUCGUAUUACCAAGGUCCUUAACAUGAAGCCUACGGAAAUCCUCUCUAUGAUCGAAGAAGCGGCAGGAACGAAAAUGUUCGAGGACAGAAAAGCGAAGGCAUUUGCAACCAUGACAAAGAAGGAGAAGAAAGUGGAAGAGAUUAACACCAUUCUUCAAGAGGAAAUCAUGCCAAAGUUGAACCAACUGAGAACAGAAAAAAGAGUUUAUCUUGACUAUCAGAAGAAUGAAUCUGAAAUGGAGCGACUCAAUCGUCUGGUCGUGGCAGCGGAAUAUGACCGACAUGCAAAGAAACUGGAUCGAUCCAAUGUAGAUCAGGACGACCGAAAAGCCCGUUCGGAAGAACUGCAAAAACUUGUUCAAGAACGUAACGCACAACUUUUAGCAAUUGAUGACGAAAGGUUGGCGUCUACAGCCAAGCAGCGCGAGCAGAACGCCGGAGAGGGUAGACUACAGAAACUGGAGGCGACAGUGCACGAAGCUUCUACUGCUCUUGUACGACUCAAAACUCAGGUUGACUUGAAAGAAACGUCGAUUGCCGACGAAGAAAAGAAUCUAGCCACUUUGGUAGCUACAUACAAAGAGAAUGAGCAAACUCAGGCAGAGCGAAAGACACAGUAUAUGACGCUGAAUAACCAGUUCGAGCCGAUGAAGGAAGAAUUUGACAGGAAAACGAAGGAGAUGCAAAAGACCUCUGAAUUGUUGCAGGCCCUGACGACUGGUGUGUCUGCGCAAGAAGGCCAGGAAAAUGGCUAUCUGGAGCAACUACAAGAUGCAAAGAACACGGCCAAUCGGGCGUCAACGAUAGAAGAACAGGCUCGUAUCAAGAUAAAGCAUUUGGAAAAAGAUUUGGAGGAGAGAACUGUUCAGGUUUCCAAGACUGAACGACAGAAUAACGCGUUGCAAAAUGACAUCGCUGCUAAAUUAAAAGACAAAGCAGACCAGACUCGCCAACUCCAAUCCCUGAAAUGGGAUCCUGACUGGGAAGCACGUCUAAUGGCGCAACGAUCAGCUUCGCAAACAGCCAUCUCUGAUCUUAAUGAACAGAAAAUUUAUCGCACCGACUAUCCAACCUUGACUUUGUAUAUACCAACCCUACACCAAACUUUGACCGCUCCAAGGUGAAAGGAUUGGUGGCGGAACUGAUCAACCUUGACAAAGACAAAUUUGAUAAUUCUACGGCAUUGGAAAUUUGUGCUGGAGGACGAUUGUACAAUGUGGUAGUGGAAAAUGAAAUCAUCGGAUCGCAACUACUGGAUAAGGGCCAAUUGC